CCCCGCAGCAGAGCUCAGAGCUCCGGUACACUUUCACCAAUUUAAGCCUCCCAUGCGCAUAACUUUACCACAUUGCAAACUCACCGAUACGAUUUCCACGAAUCCAGACCUUGCUUACCAAAACAUUUGAUCAACGUAUCAAUCGUAACUGCAACAUCUCCAAAACCACUGCAGCCUCGUUCGCGCAUCGCUAUCCCAAGAUGGCGCCUAAAAACAAGGGCAAGGGAAAAGACAAAGACGAGAGCAGUAACAGUAAAAGUGAAGGGGGAAAAGGCUCAGGCGGAAAACUCAAACCAGCAACUUCAAUAAACGUACGCCACAUACUCUGCGAAAAGCACUCUAAGAAGGAAGAAGCAUUGGAGAAGCUGCGCAACGGCGCAAAAUUUGACGAAGUGGCCAGGGAAAUGAGUGAGGACAAAGCGAGGCAAGGUGGCAGCCUAGGUUGGAAAGUCAGAGGGAGCUUGAUGCAGGACUUCGAGAAGGUAGCAUAUGAGUUGGAGCCUAGUACAACUGGUAGCCCGAAGAUUGGCGAGGUGAAGACGAGCGAGGGAUAUCAUAUCAUCAUGGUUGAAGGGAGGAAGUAGGAGGGGUUGAGACAUGGGAGUGGCAAUGGAAAUGGGAGUGGGUUGAAGGAUGGACAUGAUUGAUACCUUGGGAAUCAGGAUCUGUAUACACGGUGUUUGCCUUGUAGAGACCCGUCUCAUAUCAGGCUUAAAAUUCUAUGGAAAACCUGUUCUGAUUGCAAUUACGUCUGCCUUCGGAAGCACUUCAGAAACGCGUCUUAGCUAAAGGGCUCCCUUACUUGCGUUUUGCAACAACCAUCGGAGUCUCACUCGCCUAUCUCUUUGGCCACCGCAGAAGUGCCGAAUGCAAAGUAUCGAGACGAAUCGUUGCCGUGAAUAGAGUAAUG